UGCUUCAGCAAGGAUUCAGAUCCUGGUUUCCAGAGCAGGCAUCUAACACCCAAACUACUACACCAUGUGUAUGUAUGUUGUGCCUUCAAGUCAAGACUUAGGACGACUGCAUGAAUUUCCCUUUCUUAGGCAAGGAAUACUCAGAGGCUGCAUGGCUGGUCUCUGGAAAUGGGAUGCUAUUCCCAUUCAGGGUUAGUAAAGGACGACAACGGUCCGUUUCUUCGUAUUUCCUGCUACUGCCACCAUCCUCACCUUGAGCAGAAGUGAGACAAAGAGGCAGGGGGGAGAUGUCUGCGGUCACAUCGGCCAUCCAGGCUCCACAGGGCCCUGCCAACCCACCGCCCCCGGAGGUGACCAACCCGGGGAAACCAGGCAGAAAGACCAACCAGCUCCAGUACAUGCAGAAUGUUGUGGUGAAGACACUAUGGAAGCACCAGUUUGCCUGGCCCUUCUACCAACCUGUUGAUGCAAUUAAGCUGAAUUUACCAGAUUAUCACAAAAUCAUUAAAAACCCAAUGGACAUGGGGACGAUCAAGAAACGACUGGAACACAACUAUUAUUGGAGUGCCAGUGAAUGUAUGCAGGAUUUCAACACCAUGUUUACAAAUUGUUACAUUUAUAACAAGCCAACGGAUGACAUUGUCCUCAUGGCCCAAGCUUUGGAAAAGAUCUUCCUGCAGAAAGUGGCCCAGAUGCCUCAAGAGGAAGUUGAGUUGUUACCUCCAGUACCGAAAGGCAAAGCUCGCAAGAUGGCUGCCAGUGCACACAACACAGGAACCCAGCAUCCAGCAACCACAGCCGUCUCUUCGGUGUCCCCGCCAGCCCCCUUUCAGAAUGUCCCUCCCUCCGUAUCGCAGACGCCGGUCAUUGCCGUCACGCCUGUGCCAACCAUUACCGCAAACAUCACCCCCAUCACCUCUCCUCCUGCCGCUGCCCCCCCUCCUCCACCACCUCCUCCCCCUGCCGCUCCCAUCAUGCCUGUUGUUCCUCCAACACCACCAAUUGUCAAGAAAAAGGGGGUGAAGCGGAAAGCGGACACGACCACCCCCACCACAUCAGCCAUCACGGCCAGUCGGAGCGAGUCGCCCACCCCACUCUCUGACUCCAAGCAGGCCAAAGUGGUGGCCCGGCGGGAAAGUGGUGGGCGGCCUAUCAAGCCGCCAAAGAAGGACUUGGAAGAUGGGGAAAUCCCCCAGCAUGCCGGCAAGAAGGGCAAGCUCUCAGAGCACCUCAAAUACUGCGACAGCAUCCUCAAAGAGAUGCUGUCCAAGAAGCACGCAGCCUAUGCCUGGCCCUUCUACAAGCCAGUGGAUGCAGAGGCCCUGGAGCUCCAUGACUACCACGACAUCAUCAAACACCCGAUGGAUCUCAGUACUGUGAAAAAAAAAAUGGACAGCCGAGAAUAUCAAGACGCCCAGGGUUUUGCGGCAGAUAUUCGGUUAAUGUUCUCUAAUUGUUACAAGUACAAUCCUCCCGACCAUGAAGUUGUGGCCAUGGCCAGGAAGCUUCAGGACGUCUUUGAAAUGAGAUUUGCCAAGAUGCCGGACGAGCCGGCAGAGCCCCCACCACCCCCUCCUCCUGCCGCGCCAGUCGUGAGCAAAAGCAUGGAGAGCAGCCACAGCAGCGAGGAGAGCUCAUCGGAUUCGGACAGCUCGGACUCCGAAGAGGAGCGGGCCACCCGGCUGGCUGAACUACAGGAGCAGGACCGUUCCCGCUCAGUGAGGCAGUGCUACAAGGUCAAUGACUCCCGAGACUGGAAUGGAUGGAAUUUGAAGGCCGUCCAUGAGCAGCUGGCUGCCCUGUCGCAGGCUCCUGUGAACAAGCCAAAGAAAAAAAAGGAGAAGAAGGAGAAGGAGAAGAAGAAGAAAGACAAGGAGAAAGAGAAGGAGAAAGAGAAGCACAAAGUGAAAGUGGAGGAAGAGAAGAAGACCAAGGUGGCCCAACCACCCAAACAGCCCCCACAGAAGAAAGCACCAGCAAAAAAAGCCAACAGUACCACCACGGCAAACAGGCAGCCUAAGAAAGGAGGAAAGCAGCCACCCACUACUUAUGACUCAGAUGAGGAAGAGGAGGGAUUGCCCAUGACCUAUGACGAGAAGCGUCAACUCAGCUUGGACAUCAACCGCUUGCCAGGGGAAAAGUUGGGCCGGGUGGUGCAUAUCAUCCAGUCACGGGAGCCCUCGCUCAGGGACUCCAAUCCGGAUGAGAUCGAGAUAGAUUUUGAAACCUUGAAACCCACAACGUUGAGAGAACUGGAGAGAUACGUCAAGUCGUGCUUGCAGAAAAAACAGAGGAAACCCUUUUUCGCUGAAAUUGUGCAUUCCUCCCUCGCAGCAGCAAGUGGGAAGAAGCAAGCAGCAAAGUCCAAGGAGGAGAUGGCUCAGGAAAAAAAGAAAGAACUGGAGAAACGGUUGCAGGACGUGAGCGGGCAGCUGAACAACAACAAGAAGCCUGCGAAAAAAGAAAAAUCCGGCUCUGGCCCCUCCGGAGGUCCCUCCCGUCUCAGCAGCAGCAGUUCCUCUGAAUCUGGGAGCAGCAGUUCCAGCGAAUCCAGUUCGGACAGUAGCGAUUCGGAAUGAGAAAAACAAACCAACCCACAGACUCUUUGAACACAACCCGGACAGAAAACGGACACCUCACCAAUAACUCGCCCCGAAACUCUGCAGCGUUCCCACCUUCUCUUUUUAUUUUUGUUUUUAAAAAAAUGGUCUGCUCAAGUUUGUUCCAUCAGGACAACUCUCCACACACUUUCCACCCUUUUUAAACUGAUUUUUUUUAAUUCAGUGUUCUACAGAUAUAUAUAUAUAUAUAUAUAUAUAAAGAUUCUUUCCUGAAUUAAUUCCCUCUACACUUUUAUUAGGUCAGAGAUCUUUGCGUGUGGGGUGUGUCUGGCUAGACUUGAUGACAAGUACUUUGCUUCACUUAAAGUCUCUAAACUUUUAUUUUUGAUCCUCAAGAUGUUUCUGCUUGCCAAGUAGGACAUGCUGAACAUGAGAGAAAUGGAGGAAACGUUUGCAAGGUGUAAUAUUGGGGCCGAGUUUGGGGCGGGGGUUAGUUUGUUUUGGUAAUUUUUCUUUUGCUGGAAAAUUCCCUUUUAAUGUAGCCCCUAAAUGCUCAUCUCUAGACUACAAGAAGCAAAGGAGAGUGGGGCAAAGGGGGGCUUUUUAAUACAAGAGGGAGUGAGAUAAGAACUCUCUGUAAAAUGGUACUGUAUCUGAAAGAUGUUAGCUUUUGAAGUAGUUGAUGUAUUUGUUCUUAGCACUAGUAGUCCUAACCUCCAUGGGCCUGAUCUGCCAGAACGUUCUCUCAUGCGCCGGCCUCCUUGCGGAAAAGAGACUUGCAGAAGGGAGAACUUGGGUGGAUCGGGCCCUGUGUCUACAUUGUGAUGAAGAUCAUCAUCCCUGUGUGCAAACACACCCAUAUAUAUAUAUAUAUAUGGGAAGAAAAAGAAAGUUCACGUACUGUGGACUGGUUUUUUUUAAAUGUACCUUUUUAGAUAUUCCUUUUCUCUUUUAAAACAAAAAAUCGAUAAAGAGAUUCACGCGCCUGUUCUGAAGUUUCUCAAACAGUUGUAUUUAAAAGUUGGCGGAUGGGAGCCACGUUCUUUGAAACUCAAAACCAGGUGGCCGCAUCUAACUGAAGAUGGGCAUAGCCAAUGUGGGGCAUGGAAAGUUGUGUACAUCAUUCCUCUCUGGGAAUGGCCCACAUGCUCCAUGGCACACCUUGCUCCCCAAAAAGAUCAGAAUAGGUUUUGUAUGGGUUAUGGGCUUAGUUGCUUUGCCCAUUGAGACUUUAGGACCUUGCUUAGGUUAAGCAAGAGUCUUCGGUGACGGCUUGCACACUUUUGAGCAUCCAUUUUGUCCAUUUCCCUAUCUCCCUGCCACCCACCUUUUUAUGGGAGAACAACUGUGGUUUCAGCAAUCCAUGGUUGGAAUCGCCAGGUGGUAUGUUUGGAGUAGGGAAGCAAGCUUAGAUAGAUGGUGUUUCUGAUCUUUAAAAAAGUGGUGGCCCUCCAUAACCGGCUUGCGACGGUCUCCAUCAUGACCACCACAAAACCAGUCCCCAAUGAGAGAUGUAACCAAGGCCCAUAGAAAACCAGAGUCAUUGACUUAUUUGGCUUUCGAUGAACAUUGACUUGGCCUUUCAGUGGGCCUUUUCUAUGGAAGUCACUGGAUGUAGUAGGGCCCAGAUUUUAUACCAAGCUGUAGAUUUGUAGCAUUUUUAGCACGCGUUGCAUUCCGGGCUUGUGUUUCCAGACCACCAGCAAGGCCCUGUGGUUGAAACCCCUAGCAAUCUUUUUUAAGAAAAUUAAAAAUCCCAGAGGCCAAAAAAAAGGAAAGAAAGAAAAGAGACGAGCCACUGAAAUGCAUUUUACUUUUUACCUUUUGUAACGGCACAGAAGCUCUUAGGAUGGAAGGCUACUUGUGUGUCAUGCAAGUGCAGGUUUCCAAAAUGAAUCAAACCUUUUUACCUCAAGGCGUGGGGGAAAAAUAAAAAUACAGGGGGAAGGGAGGCGGGUAGAGAAAACACAACAUUUUUUGGUAAGGUUCAUCCAUUUUUCUAGAAGCUGUUUUUUGUUUUCCUCCAGCCUGACCUGGAGACCUGCACUUUGGCAAAUGACACACUCCAGAAUUGACUAUCCCUUGUGUUCAUGUACAUAGAAAUACUUUAUUUAUUAACACCAUUUGUCAUUUUAAAAAAAUGUAUCCUGCAUUUUUUUUUAAAGAGCAGCAGCAGGAGAAAAAAAGAUGAUGAUGAUGAUGAUGAAAUGCAGGUUUGUGUUGGUUUUUUGAACCACGUUCGGAAGAAUUGGGAGUCCUUUUUAUUUAAAUGUACUAUUUGACUUUUUAACCAACAGGUGCUACAGACCUUUGAUAGUCUCCUGUGCCGGUGCUUACUCCUUGUAUGUGUAUUCAGUUUUUCGGGGGCGGUUUGGGCGGGACUGUUUUGGGGGGUUUUGUUUGGUUUCCUUUUUGUACAGACUUUGGACUUACAGGUAUUGGUAACUUCCAGAUAAAGCAUGUUUUAUUUGUAUAUUCCUAGUCUCCUUCCCUGUUGGUCUUUUCCCUCUUUCUCUGUAUCUUGUUUUAAAGUAGAACAGUUUGGAAAAAAAAUAAAGGAACAAAAGACCUGA